AUGUUAGACUCAAUCCAAGCAUCUAUUCUAUUUAUUGUAAUAUUCCUUGUUCAAGGUGUUGCAGCGGCCAUGGGUGCAAUGGAUGUUAUUGCACUUAUUCUUGGAUUAGCUCUUCUAAUAUUUGGAAUAUGUGCACUCAUUGGUUUUUAUGCUCGAAAACGUUCGGUAUUUAUUAUGUCUUUAUCAGCAUCAUCAACACGACAAAGACAUACUAUUUUGGGUGGUGGAACACGAUAUGAAAUAGCUGAACUUGUUUUAUCAACAAUACCGAAUUUUGAAUUGAAACAAAAAGAUCGUAUUCUUCAUUUGUUUACAGAGCUUGAUAGAGAAAAAAAAAACAUAUAUGCCUUUAUGCAAGAAAUUCAAGAAGCACUUGAUGACCAACAAAAUAAUAUUGAUAGUCUUCUUGUUCAUAAUCAAGUUAAUAUACCUGCAGAAGAACCAUUUGCAUUUGAAUCACAAAUUGAUACGGAUACAUAUCCAGUUGAUUUAUCUUCAAGAUCAACAAAUGAAUCAUUGUUACAAGUACCAAAUGAAUUAGAUAAUACUAUAUCAAAUGUAACUACACCAUCGUUAACUGCUCCAAAUCAAAAAGAAAAAUCGAAAAAAGAUUUAAAUAAUAUAAAAAAAGAACUUCGAACACCAUCAAAAACCAAACGACGUCAACCAAAAACCUCAUCAAAUUCCAAGCAAACAAAUUCAUCAAUGCGUCAAUUGACCAUGACACAAUUAUUUGAUUCGUUUGAAUCACCUAAAUCAACAGUAAAUUCAACUCCUAUUAAACAAGAACCAGAAACACAAGCCGAUGAUACAGUAAUAUUCAUGCCGGAAUCAAUUAUAGGUUUAGCUCAACCAUCAUCAUCGACAUCUGAUGAUGAAAAUGAUCAAAAUAAUUUAUCAUAUUCAAUAUUUUAUGGCAAAGAACCGAGACUAUCUAAUAUACAACCAUUGAAACGUAAAACAAUUUCUUCACCUAAUAUUAAUGAACAAGUAACAAAUGAAGAUGAAAAUACUCAAAAUGAAGGUAUUUUAGAAACUCCUUAUUCUGGUAUUGAAAGUGAAGAAUUAUUAUAUGCAUGUCCAAUGUGUCGAAAUUAUUGGCUUGGUUUACCUAAAGAACUUCGUCAUAAAGAAGGUUUAACAUGUCGUCAUCGGCAACGACCUGUUGUUCGGUCGCCAGAACAUUUUUGGUCUUUAGGUAUGCCAAGUACACAAACAUGUAUUGAACGUGGUUAUGGUGGUGUACUUCCACCUGAUAAACCAAUUGAAAGGCCUCGACGUCCAAGGCGUCAACAUCAACGAAAAUUACAAGAACAACAACAACCUCAACAGGAAGAUAGUGAUGAAGAUUAA